AUGGAAUUCGCUAGGCGCCUAGUCAGUCGUAAUGACAGCACAACUGCCGAUUCCACAUUUACACCCUCAGUCAGCAAUCUCCUUCUUGCGCUCCUCACCCUGAUCGUCUUUGCUCUAGGGCUUGUUGGCAUUCUCUGCGUCCUCCGCAAGCGCCAGGCGACAAAUGCUGAAGUUCUGCCAACACAUCAAAGAAAUUCCAAUCAUCGUCGCUUGACUAUUACAGCGACACCAUAUACUGGAAAGACAGAAUCGGCACAUGUCUAUGAUGAGAAACGCAAUUUGAUUGAAAACUCUUCCAGUCCUCCUGACAGCCCUGUACCUGAAAUUCGUAUCACAUUUCCCGACGAAGAAGAUCAAUCAGGAAAGAAGAAAAACGGACGGGUGGUUGUUGUCCGGAUUGGAGACUCAGGCAGUGUCGGCAUGGAGCCUGUAGCACAGGAUUCUCUGCCUCCCUAUCAAUUGAAAGAGACGGAGAGAUUUCAGUCUCUCGAUUUAGAGCGAAUGGGUGGACUAAGGGAGAAGGUUGAACCUCGAAGAUGGUCAUGA